AUAUAUGGUUAACACGGCAUUUCUCUACGUAGGGCGAGACUCCUAUCGGGUACGAAUACACUACCACGACCCUACGGCCGGAAACCUUAUCAAUAGUCCCUAUCCUUAGAUCAGGGCUCGGUAUGGUAGAAGCGGUACAAACCCUACUUCCCGAACCCGUUCCCGUACACCACCUAGGCUUGUACCGGGAGCCCAGCACGCUCGAGCCCGUCGAAUAUUAUAACAAUCUUCCGCAUCAUGUCUCUACUUCGGCAGGCGAGCCUGGAACGAACGCGUCGAGUCUAGCUAUCAUCGUAGACCCCGUCAUUGCAACCGGAGGAACUUGUGUGGCUGCUAUACAGACGCUCAAGGAGUGGGGUGCUAAGCGCAUUAUUGUCCUAUCUGUCAUCGCAGCCGCCGAUGGUGUGCGUCGCGCUGCUGAGGAGUGGCCUGAGGCUGUGGAUAUAUGGGUUGCGGGCGUCGACGCUGAGCUCACACCGAAUGGUAUGCUAAAGCCGGGUGUAGGAGAUGUGGGUGAUCGCUUGUUCUUGACAAUAGGAAAGUAAAGAUACCAAUGAUACAUCAUCCGCAUGAAUAAAAUAAAUAUU